CGGCGUCGCGACGCCGUGGUGCUUUGUGGGGCGGGUAGUUCCGUUUCCUGUGGCGCUGUUGUGGAGGGCAGGGGACUGUGGCGGCGACGGCGGCAGCAGCAGCGACGGCGGAGGAGCCGCCUGGUUGUGGGACUCGGUAUCGGCAGGCCUUGUGGGAUCUGUAGUCUCGGCUGCUUCGGGCCUGCCGGGGGAAGGAGGAGGAGGAGAAAGAGGCGGCAAAAGGCGGCACACGGCGCCGACCAUGCCCGGGUUCACGUGCUGCGUGCCAGGCUGCUACAACAACUCCCACCGGGACAAGGCGCUCCACUUCUACACCUUCCCGAAGGAUGCGGAGCUGCGCCGCCUGUGGCUGAAGAACGUGUCCCGGGCCGGCGUGAGCGGCUGCUUCAGCACUUUCCAGCCCACCACGGGCCACCGCGUCUGCUCCGAGCACUUCCCCGGCGGGCGCAAGACCUACCUGGUGCGCGUGCCCACCAUCUUCCCCCUGCGCGGCGUCAACGAGCGCAAAGGCCACCGCGGGGCCAGGCGCGCCCGCCACGCCCCCGCCGCCGCCGCCUCGGGCGCCGCCGCCGCCGUAGCCGCGGCCGCGGCCGCUCAAGCCGCGGUCUUGCUCACGCUGCAGCAGGAGGGCGGAGCCGCCGAGGUUGGGCCGGGCCUCCGGGCGGCGGCGGGAGGGAGCGGCGGCGGCGGCGUCCCCGGCGGCGAGGACGUCAAGCCCAUCGACCUGACGGUGCAGGUGGAGCUGGGCAAUGCCGCCGCCGCGGCCAUGGUGGGCGCCCCCGUCAGGCUGGCCUUCCUGGCGGACAACGGGCCGCUGGUGGACGGGCCGCCCGACCACUCGUACUCCCUCUCGUCGGGCACCACGUCGGAGGAGCUGCUGCGCAAGCUGAACGAGCAGCGGGACAUCAUCGCCCUGCUGGAGGUGAAGAUGAAGGAGAUGAAGGGCAGCAUCCGCCGCCUCCGCUUGGCCGAAGCCCAGCUCCGCGAGGAGAUCCGCGAGAAGGACCGCCUGCUGCACGCCGCCAGCCUGGGCGGCACGGCCCGCAAGCGCCACGGCCUCUGAGACCGGCCCGCUCCCCCCACCGUGGUCAAGUGCCUUGUAUUGGAGGUGCUUCUCUUACGCAGGGCAGCGGACUGGGCGCCCGUGGACCCACCUGGAAUUGGUUGCGUACAGGGACGGCAACGAAGGUGCAGACUUGGCAGGCAGGAAGCCCUCGUGAUGAGGGCAAACGGUGCUGUGCAGCUUGGUGUGGCAUUGAUGCCCGAGCCACAUUUCUGGCCCCUUUCCAUCAGGUCUGCACUUUGACAGGCGGAGCGCCAGGUCUUAACUUGUCCGCUGACAUCCUUUUCUUCACCUGUCAGGAAGCCCGGGCUCCUGCCUGAGCCAGCCCACGCUUGCUUGGACUCACAUCCUAGCCCUUUACGCAUAUCCCUGCGAGAACUACCCACCAAGACUUGGCUACCAUCGUGUGUGUUUUUUUAAAAAGACAGUCCGGGUUAUUGAUUGCCAGCUGAUGCUGUAACUCCUUAUAUUACGUACUGUUCAAAGCAUGGUGGCAGACGGCAGCUGCUGUGGUACUCUCAGUGGUAUUGAUUCUGUGGGAACUGGUCCAUUUUUAACAUCACUGGGGAAAUGUCUCGAGUAAAACUGGAUGUUUCCGCUAAGUGGGUGUAGGACUAUGAGCUCAUGGCACCAGCAAAUGACAUAUAGUGCGAAGCUAAUUUUGAGGAAAAAUAAGUUACUUUUUAGACAAGCACACUUGGGCUGUAAACCAUUUACUCUGGAGUAGUCUAACUGAAGUCCUACUGGUAUACGUGGCAUUGUACCAGGAUUAUUCUGCAGUAAAUGUCUUGUUGAUUAACGCCUUAGAAA